CCGCCCUCCCCGAGGCCUCUGCGUGUCUCUGGCUGAGCCGCCAGUGGAUGUCGUUGUUCUGUUCCUUGAGCGCGAUGUCACUCCUUUAGCAUGACCUCAAACGCGGCGGGGGCUGGGACCGCCAGUCAUCCUCCGUGCGAGGGCCGGGGCGGGCGCGGGCGGGACCCAGCCCCGCCGCCCGCCGCACUUUUGUGGUGCCGCCGCCGCCGCGGGCUCCCCUUUCUCGGCGGGGCUGGCCGCGGGGCGGGCGAUGCUCCGCGCUCUCUGAGCCGCCGCACCGCGUCCGUCGUCCGUCCCCGCGGAGGCCGCGCAGGAUGCCGCGGAGGGGCGCGGAGGCGGCGCUGGCCCUGCUGCUGGCAGCGGCGUGGCUGGCGCAGCCCCUGCGCGGCGGCUACCACGGCGGGAGCAUGUUCGCCGUGCAGACGGGCCAGCCUGACCCCUGCUACGACGAGCACGGGCUGCCCCGCCGGUGCAUCCCCGACUUCGUCAACUCGGCUUUUGGGAAGGAGGUGAAGGUGUCGAGCACCUGCGGGAAGCCGCCGUCGCGGUACUGUGUGGUGACGGAGAAGGGCGAGGAGCAGGUCCGCUCCUGCCACCUCUGCAACGCCUCCGACCCCAAGCGCGCCCACCCGCCCUCCUUCCUCACGGACCUCAACAACCCGCACAACCUGACCUGCUGGCAGUCCGACAGCUACGUCCAGUACCCCCACAACGUCACCCUCACCCUCUCCCUGGGCAAGAAAUUCGAGGUGACCUACGUCAGCUUGCAGUUCUGCUCACCGCGCCCCGAGUCCAUGGCCAUCCACAAGUCCAUGGACUACGGCAAGACCUGGGUGCCCUUCCAGUUCUACUCCACGCAGUGCCGCAAGAUGUACAACAAGCCGAGCCGCGCCGCCAUCACGAAGCAGAACGAGCAGGAGGCGGUCUGCACCGACUCGCACACCGACGUGCGUCCCCUCUCCGGCGGCCUCAUCGCCUUCAGCACCCUGGACGGCCGCCCCACCGCCCACGACUUCGACAACUCGCCAGUGCUGCAGGACUGGGUGACGGCCACCGACAUCAGGGUGACCUUCAGCCGCCUCCACACCUUCGGCGACGAGAGCGAGGAUGACUCCGAGCUGGCCCGCGACUCCUACUUCUACGCCGUCUCCGACUUGCAGGUCGGCGGGCGAUGCAAGUGCAACGGCCACGCGUCGCGCUGUGUCCGUGACCGCGACGACAGCUUGGUGUGCGACUGCAAGCACAACACGGCCGGCCCCGAGUGCGACCGCUGCAAGCCCUUCCACUACGACCGGCCCUGGCAGCGAGCUACGGCCCGGGAAGCCAACGAGUGUGUGGCCUGCAACUGCAACCUGCACGCCCGGCGGUGCCGCUUCAACAUGGAGCUCUACAAGCUGUCCGGGCGCAAGAGCGGCGGCGUGUGCCUCAACUGCCGGCACAACACUGCUGGCCGGCACUGCCACUACUGCAAGGAGGGCUUCUACCGGGACCUCAGCAAGCCCAUCUCCCACCGCAAGGCCUGCAAAG